UAAGCCGUCUAAGUGUUCCAUUUGUACGAACCAAUAACACGCGCGGCCCUUUGCUAUACAUAUCUCCUUCCUCCCUUCAAUUGCCUCCCAAUUAUAACGAUGGUGUUCCCUCAAGAAGAACAGAGCUUGGUCUCUGACGUCAGGCUCUCCUCCGUCGGUCCAGCUCGCGUAUCCGGCACCGAUGUGUUCCACAGCCCUAGCUGCCUGGACCUGGCCAUGAAGCUUCACUACCUGAGAGUUGUCUACUUCUUUCACGGGGACGCAGCCCGAGGGCUGAGCAUCAUGAAGAUCAAAGAGAGCAUGUUCAGCUGGUUCAACCACUACUUCAUCACUUGCGGGCGGUUCCGGCGAUCAGACUCCGGCCGGCCCUACAUCAAAUGCAACGACUGCGGAGCCAGGUUCAUCGAGGGCAAGUGCAAGAAAACCCUAGAUGAUUGGCUCCACAUGAAGGAUUGGCCUUUGCAUCGCCUCCUGGUUUCUCACCAAGUUAUUGGUCCUGAAUUAUCCUUCUCUCCCCCAGUUUUAUUGCAGGUAACUCAUUUCGCUUGUGGAGGGAUGUCAUUGGGCCUAAGCUGGGCCCAUGUACUUGGGGAUCCUGAUUCAGCUGCUGAAUUCAUCAAGGGUUGGGGUCAAGCCAUGGCUGGUUUGGGGUUGAAGCCCAUGAAUAUUCCACGACCGAUCCCAACAACCCAACAAUCACCAUCUGGACCGGAUCCAAUCACCCUAAAACGGGUCGAUCCAGUGGGUGACCAUUGGAUACCUGCCAACAACUGCAAAAUGGACACAUUCUCCUUCCACCUGACAAGUUCUCAAAUGAAUUACCUUCAAGCACAGAUCUGGGGUCCAACUAUUGAUCAGACCCCUCCUUUCGAAUCUCUUUGUGCCGUAAUAUGGCGAUGCAUUGCGGAGGCGAGGCAAGGACCCGGACCUGGACCCAAUAAAGUGACAGUAUGCAGAAAAGAUCCAUGCCAUAGGAAGCGUGAUAUACUAGGCAACAAACAGAUCAUAAGCAGGGUCGAAGUUGAAUCUUCAAUAAUUGAGACAGAUUUGAAGAGAUUGGCAAUGAUGCUGGCUGCUGAAGGAGUGGAUGAGAGGAGAGAGAUUGAAGAAGCAGUGGAUAAGGAUGAAGGGGUGAGUGAUUUCUUUGUGUACGGGGCGAAUUUGACAUUUGUGGAUUUGGAAGAGGUCGACGUGUAUGGAUUGGAAGUGAAUGGACAUAAACCAGAAUUCGUAUACUAUAGCAUUCAAGGUGUCGGAGAUGAAGGAGCUGUUAUGGUGCUUCCAUGGCCAAAAGGUUCAGUCAAGAAUGGUGGUGAAGGCAAGUUUGUGACCAUCAUAUUGCCAGAGGAUCAACUGGGAAAGCUAAAGUCUGAACUCAAAAACAAUGGUCUCUUUCUUUGACGCUGAUUUCAAAUCCAAGCUCAUCUCAUUUGCAUGUCUUAAGUAAUAUCAGUGUGUUCGUUGUUACUCGUGAGGACUUGAACUGUUUUCUAAUGGUCUGUACUUGUACUUUAUGAUAUGCUGGGUAUUAAGUAAGCUGUUAUUCA